UCGUUCACCCAGAUGAUUCGUUCGUUUUGAACGAAUCGUUCAUGACGACACAUCACUACUUUUAUUGGGAUCAAAGGUUUUCCGUCGCAUAGCCUGAAUGUGUUUGCAGAUUCUGAAGAAGUUGAUGAGAAACAUAAAUGUUUGAAGUUGGACGAAGCUGAAGACUUCACAGGUCACAAUGAAGACUCUGGUGUUUGUGUCUCUCGUGGGAUUAUUCCUCCACGACACGACGGCAGUGAUGCACUCUCUGAAGUAUUUCUACACGGCGUCUUCUGAAGUCACAAACUUCCCAGAGUUUGUGAUUGUUGGGAUGGUUGAUGAUUUUCAGAUAGAUUACUACGACAGUAACACGAGGAGGGACGUACCCAAACAGGACUGGAUGAAGAAAGCCACAGAAGACAGAGCUGAAUACUGGGAGUGGGAAACUGAGAAAUUAAAGGGUGUCCAGCAGAGAUUCAAAGUCGGCCUUGAGAUUUUAAAGCGACGCUUCAACCAAACUGGAGGUGUUCACAUUACCCAGAGGAUGUACGGCUGUGAGUGGGAUGAUGAGACUGGAGAUGUUAAAGGUUAUUAUCAAGAUGGUUAUGAUGGAGAAGACUUCAUAGUUCUGGACACGAAGACAUGGACGUGGGUCGCUCCACAACAACAGGCUGUCGUCACCAAACAGAAGUUGGAUAAAGACAAAGCUCAGUUAGAGUAUCUUAAGAACUACUUCAACUGUGAAACUACUUACACAGAUUGUCCUGACUGGCUGAAGAAGUUUGUGAACUAUGGGAGGAGCUCUCUGAUGAGAACAGACCUCCCCACAGUGUCUCUCCUCCAGAAGACUCCCUCCUCUCGGGUCACCUGCCACGCUACAGGUUUCUACCCCAACAGAGCCAUGAUGUUCUGGAGGAAAGAUGGAGAGGAGCUUCACGAGGACGUGGACAAGGGAGAGAUCCUCCCCAACCACGACGGCUCCUUCCAGAUCAGCGCUGACCUUCAACUGCCCUCUGAUGACUGGGGGAAGUACGACUGUGUGUUUCAUCUCUCUGGUGUGAAGGAGGACAUCGUCACCAAACUGGACAAACGAGAGAUCAAGACCAACUACGUGAAUCCCAUGAACACCGUCAUCCCCAUCAUCGCCAUCAUCGCUGCACUCGUUCUUCUCGGCCUCGCUGUCAUUGGAUACAAGAAAUACAGAGGCAGAAAAUGUAAGAGACACAAACUUUGUUCUUUUUGGUGUUUUAAGUUUUUAAAUGUUAUUCUUUGAGUUUAUUAAAGGUGCACUUUGUAGAUUUGGU